AUCAUUUUUAGUUUCUAACAUUCACACAAAUUUAAAUAAAUUUUAUAUUUGUAAAUAAUAUACCUGGUAUCUUCUAAAGGGUUUCUCCAUUUUUGCUAUCCUCUUUUUAUUUUUCUCUUUUUCAGCGUUCUCUACUACUCUGUGUUUUUCUAUUUUUUUUAUUUUUACUUUUAAUCACAAAUAUAGUUUUAUAUUUUGAAUUUAAAAUGGACUUAUAACUCUAAAAAGAUGAGUUCCACUCCUUUAUCACACACGAAUAAAUUUACUGAACUUAAAAGUUCCACUGGGUCCCCAAGGACCAAAAGGAGCUUUUCAAAACACAACAACGAAGAAUACAAUGCAGUACCAGUUACAUCUGAGUUUUAUACAAAACGUAUUAACUACCAAAGUUUUCUCCGUCCGGCUGUAAUUCUUUUAUUUUCAAUCUAUACUAUACUAGUUUCAUUGUUGUCAAAGAGGGACCCUAAGUCCGGCUUCUCUCUAGCUGUAAUGGCCUUUCACAGUAAGGUCAUAGAUCUCUACCAAGUAAUUUUGGAUUUUUACAAAAGAUGUCCCGCUGUAAUGUCUGUUGUAAAAAAGCUGAGAUUUGAAGUUCCCUAUUUUAUAAAGAUUUUAUCUUUAUACAUACCUAAAUACGAAAAACAGAUAGUCAAUCUAACUAAUUACAAUACUCUCAAUAACUGGCUUUCUAUUUUCGUUUGGGCAACUUUUGCAGUCAUUAUGGAACUUAUCAUUGCAGUUGUUAACAAUUUGGUGCUUUCUCAUAGGUACAGAAAUACACCUAAAUAUUGCUCUAACAUGGUUGAUCCCUCCAAAUUUCAUGACAAAGCUUUCACACAAGAACAGUUAAACAAACUGUAUAGAAGCAGGGAAUACGUCGACCUAAAGAAUUCUAGGCAUGGCCUAGGCCCUGAGGCUUGGAAUUGGCAACUACGAAAAACUCUAAAAGGAACGAGGGAUAAUACGAAAUCGCAAAACGCAGUCUCAUCUGGAGAUGAAUCGGAUAUCAGUACAUGAAUCCAUAAUCUAAUAUACUUGCGAAUGUG